UCAACCUGGGACAUCAGCCAUUGUUGUAUCCAAGAACAGUUCUGCAUUCACCACUUUCUACUGUUUUGCCCAAACUGGACAUUGCACGACAUUUACUUUUUUGUUAUUCCAUCUCAAGCGCCCUGUCCCAGCGGCCAGCCGACGCGCUGAUUGUUGUUGCGCGAAGCCACCGCGUCUGCACAACGUUGAACUUGUGACCCCAUCAGUUGCGCAGGUCUCCUUUGACUUUCCGCAGUCGACUCCCUCCCCUCUGCCCAACUUGCGGUCAGAAUUGACCCAAUCGUCGCCCAACUUCAUCGACCUCUACCCUCCCUACUUCCGCACCCAAUUGCAGGAGAACCCAUCAAGGCACGCAGCCAACGAACUUGCUGUUCUUCCGCACAUACCUUGCAUUUAGGCUCAACCGAGGCGGUCGUGAAGCGAAUAAACCGAUUCAGAUUCGACGAGGAGUGACGUGUACACUGGCUAGCAGAGCAACCCUGUGAUUCCUGCUGAAGUCGCUACCCGUUUCGCGUGUCCAAAAAGACGUAAAAAUCAUGUCGUCGGCCUCUCCUUCGAAUCCCAAGGAACCUGAGGUGGAAUCAGCAGCACAGUCAGGCGACGACCCGGAGCACAUGGAAAGAGAACACCAAGAUACGCAACCGCAAACUCAAGGCGAAUUUGAGGUAAAAGAGCAGGAUCGAUGGCUCCCGAUUGCAAAUGUUGCCCGGAUUAUGAAGACCGCGCUGCCCGAGAAUGCGAAGAUUGCCAAAGAGGCCAAGGAGUGCAUGCAGGAGUGUGUAAGCGAAUUCAUCUCCUUCAUCACCAGCGAAGCUUCGGAGAAGUGUCAGGGAGAAAAGCGCAAGACUGUCAAUGGCGAGGACAUAUUGUUCGCGAUGACCUCGCUUGGUUUCGAGAACUACUCGGAGGCUUUGAAGAUCUAUCUAUCAAAGUAUCGCGAAACCCAAUCCUCAAGGGCGGAGAACCAGAACCGGCCAGCGAGCAGCGAAUACCCUCAGGGUGGACCCGUCGGCGGCACUGGCGCCGCAGGCGCCGGCGCCAUUGGUGGGCCAGCGGCGACCGCACCCGGCUUCGCAGUUCCACCCGAGAAUGCCAACAACAUUUUGAGUACGAAUCUGGACCCGAACGAGCAAGACAACGCGACAUACGGAUAUCCGCCAAUGGUAGGCGCGACGCACAAUGGUGCCGGUGGCGAGACCUACUAG